AUGCUGCAGAGUGCCAAGUCCUUUACUGUGCAAAUCACUGAUGAGAACGACAACCACCCGCACUUCUCCAAGCCCUAUUACCAGGUUAUUGUGCAGGAGAACAACACUCCUGGGGCCUAUCUUCUCUCUGUGUCUGCCCGAGACCCCGACCUAGGUCUCAACGGUAGUGUCUCCUACCAGAUAGUGCCAUCGCAGGUGCGGGACAUGCCUGUCUUCACCUAUGUCUCCAUCAACCCCAACUCCGGUGACAUCUAUGCGCUGCGAUCCUUCAACCACGAGCAGACCAAGGCAUUCGAAUUCAAGGUGCUGGCCAAGGAUGGUGGCUUGCCCUCCCUACAGAGUAACGCCACGGUUAGGGUCAUCAUCCUAGAUGUCAAUGAUAAUACCCCAGUCAUCAUGGCCCCGCCACUGAUCAAUGGCACGGCUGAAGUCUACAUCCCCCGCAACUCCGGCAUAGGCUAUCUGGUGACUGUAGUGAAAGCAGAGGACUAUGACGAGGGCGAAAACGGCCGGGUCACCUAUGACAUGACCGAGGGAGAUCGUGGCUUCUUUGAAAUCGACGAAGUCAAUGGUGAAGUGAGAACCACUCGCACAUUCAGCGAGACUUCCAAGGGUUCCUAUGAACUUAUUGUGGUGGCCCACGACCAUGGCAAGACAUCUCUCUCCGCCUCUGCUCUCAUCCUAAUCUACCUGUCUCCUGCUUUGGACGCCCAAGAGUCAAUGGGCUCAGUGAACUUGUCCCUGAUUUUCAUUAUCGCUCUGGGCUCCAUUGCUGGCAUCCUCUUUAUCACUAUGAUCUUCGUGGCGAUCAAGUGCAAGCGAGACAACAAAGAGAUCCGGACCUACAACUGCAGUAAUUGUUUAACCAUCACUUGUCUCCUGGGCUGUUUUAUAAAAGGACAAAACAGCAAGUGUCAGCAUUGCAUCUCAAUUUCUCCCAUUAGCGAGGAGCAAGACAAAAAGGCUGAGGAGAAAGUGAGCCUAAGGGGAAAGAGAAUCGCUGAGUACUCCUAUGGGCAUCAAAAGAAAUCAAGCAAGAAGAAAAAAAUCAGUAAGAAUGACAUUCGCCUUGUACCCCGGGAUGUGGAGGAGACAGACAAGAUGAACGUUGUCAGUUGCUCCUCCCUGACCUCGUCCCUCAACUAUUUGGACUACCACCAGCAGACACUGCCCCUGGGCUGCCGCCGCUCUGAGAGCACUUUCCUGAAUGUGGAGAACCAGAAUACCCGCAAUACCAGUGCCAACCACAUCUAUCAUCACUCUUUCAACAGCCAGGGCCCCCAGCAGCCAGACCUGAUCAUCAAUGGUGUGCCUCUGCCUGAGACUGAAAACUAUUCUUUUGACUCCAACUAUGUGAACAGCCGAGCCCAUUUAAUCAAAAGCAGCUCCACCUUCAAGGACUUAGAGGGCAACAGCCUGAAGGAUAGUGGACAUGAAGAGAGCGACCAGACUGACAGUGAGCAUGAUGUUCAGCGAAGCCUGUAUUGUGAUACUGCUGUGAAUGAUGUACUGAACACUGCUGUGACCUCCAUGGGAUCUCAGAUGCCUGACCAUGAUCAGAAUGAGGGAUUUCACUGCAGGGAAGAAUGCCGGAUUCUUGGCCACUCUGACAGGUGCUGGAUGCCCCGGAACCCCCUGCCCACCCGUUCCAAGUCCCCUGAAAAUGUGCGGAAUAUCAUCGCUCUGUCCAUUGAAGCUACUGCUGCUGAUGUUGAGGCUUAUGACGACUGCGGCCCUACCAAGCGGACUUUCGCAACCUUUGGAAAAGAUGUCAGCGACCACCCCACUGAGGAGAGGCCCACCCUGAAAGGCAGGAGGACUGUCGAUGUGACCAUCUGCAGCCCCAAAGUCAAUAGCGCUAUCCGGGAGGCGGGCAAUGGCUGUGAAGCUAUUAGCCCUGUCACUUCCCCUCUGCACCUCAAGAGCCCUCUGCCUACCAAGCCUUCCGUGUCUUACACCGUUGCCCUGGCACCACCCGCCCGCGAUCUGGAGCAGUAUGUCAACAGUGGUCCUUCUCGUCCCUCUGAAGCUGAGCCUCGUGGAGCUGACAGCGAGAAAGUCAUGCAUGAGGUCAAUCCCAUUCUGAAGGAGGGUCGCAACAAAGAGUCUCCUGGCAUGAAGCGUCUGAAGGAUAUUGUUCUCUAA